AUGCCCUUCAGAGAUACUCCCACUACCCGCUCACGCACUCGCAUUGCACUCAUAACGGGCGCCUGUAUCAUUGCUGCACUCUCGGUCUCCGCACUCUUAGUCCAUCCCUUAGAGAAAGUAAGGCAAUAUGGGAUAUUCCAGUCCACCGAUACAUCCGACCAAGACAGCAUACCAAGUAUAGUCCACUAUGUCCAAAUCAAAAAGGACGAAAAAUCUGUCCUCAAAUUCCCCUUCUCCAGCUUCCUAAACAUCUGCGCCGCAGUCCUCUACAUCAAAUCCGAACGCGUCUACAUCUACACCAACUUCAGCCCCUCUGAGAUCGACGAAGCCGGCCAAAAAGGCGACAGAUGGACCAAAGCCGUCGUCAACACCUUCGCCGACCUCGUGAUCUGGAACCCCGUCCACGCCCCCACCUUCGCCGGCACAAAUGAAAACCAGCACAUCAACGCCAUCGAGAAAAAAAGGAAGCAUCUACAUGAACUGGGACGUUUCGCCUUCAUCGGCGGCCGCCACUACGGCGGCGCCGGCGAACACAGCGGCAUAAACAGCACAAUCAACAACGGCGUCUUCAUGACCAAACCCAACAGCACCAUGACCCGCAUCGUCGUUCGCGAGCAACACGCCAGCUUCAACAGCAAAUGGACUGCAAACCUCCAAAGCAUAACCAGCAUCACCUCGUGCCUCGUCCCCAUCCCCCAACGAAGUCUUGAUCCUCGACCGUACCGCAUUUGCGCCAACGCAACUGGUUCCCGGAUAGUACCGAUCCGCUGUUUGAGCCCAAUGAAGAUAAGUCUGCGUCUCCGGUGCACCGAGAAAACGCAUUCUUCAGAUGCAAUGGAGAUCUAUGAAAUUGCGAUUCAGAAUUGUAGGAGGAGAACCGAGUGGGAAAUGGAUUUUUUCUUCGACUAUGUUAAUCCGAAGACGAUUUUGAGUCGCACGAGUAAUUUUGGAGUUGCGACGUAUGGUAUUGUUAGGCAUAUGGUGGAUAUGGGGUAUGUGGGGGAGGAUGAGGAGGAGUAA